AAUUGUAUUCAAUGAGAAUUGAAUUGGGUUGAAGAAGAAUCACGGUACCAGCAUCAACUUCCAAGCUUUUUGCAAUGGCGAGCAAGAGAAGCGCCAAAACAACCACUUCCUUGAUCCUUGUCUUUGUCUUAGCGAUUUGUACCUUCGUUCCUGUUUUCGCUUCUCUCCCUUCUUCCUUCCCUCACCACCAUGGUAAUCGCUCUGAGGCCAAGAAUAAUGUCAGCAGGAAGUUUGGGAUUAGCAAUGAUAUGUUUUGGAAAGAUGGUCAUCCCUUCCAGAUCAUUGGCGGUGACUUGCAUUAUUUUCGGGUGCUUCCAGAGUACUGGGAAAAUAGACUGUUAAAAGCCAAGGCAUUAGGAUUAAAUACCAUUCAGACAUAUGUUCCUUGGAAUCUGCAUGAGCCAAAACCUGGAAAGGUUGAUUUUGAGGGAAUUGCCAACAUUGAAUCAUUCCUCAAACUUAGUCACAAACUUGGUCUGCUUGUGAUGCUUCGAGCGGGACCUUACAUAUGUGCAGAAUGGGAUUUAGGCGGUUUCCCUGCUUGGUUACUUGCUACGGACCCAUCUCCAAAGCUAAGAUCGUCUGAUCCUACUUUUCUUAAACAGGUUGACAGAUGGUGGGGCAACCUACUUCCAAAAUUAGUUCCUCUCCUUUAUGACAAUGGAGGCCCUAUUAUAAUGGUUCAAAUUGAAAAUGAGUAUGGUUCAUAUGGAAAUGACAAAGCGUAUCUCCAUCACCUGGUCAAUUUGGCUAGAGGUCAUCUUGGGCAUGAUGUUAUUUUAUACACUACAGAUGGAGGAUCUAGGGAAAAUCUUGAGAAAGGAACUAUUCGUGGGGAUGCUGUCUUUUCAGCUGUUGACUUUAGUACUGGAGAUGACCCUUGGCCUAUAUUCAAGCUACAAAAGGAGUUCAAUGCCCCUGGAAAAUCACCGCCACUCUCAGCUGAAUUCUAUACAGGAUGGCUUACACACUGGGGAGAGAACAUAGCUAAGACUGAUGCUGAUUUUACAGCUGCUGCUCUCAAAAAAAUUUUGCAAAGGAAUGGUUCUGCAGUUCUCUAUAUGGUACAUGGCGGGACAAACUUUGGAUUCUACAAUGGAGCAAAUACUGGUCAAGAUGAGGCUGACUACAAGGCUGACAUCACUUCUUAUGAUUAUGAUGCACCAAUCAGGGAAUCUGGAGAUGUGGACAAUGCGAAGUUCAAUGCUCUUCGGAAAGUUAUAGCACAAUAUAGUUCAGCCCCUCUUCCAUCAGUUCCUUCAGAUAAUGGAAAGGCAGGAUAUGGACCAAUUCACUUACAAAAAAAAGCUUUCUUGUUUGACAUGCUUGAUUUAGCCAAUCCCACCAACGUGACUGAAUCUGAAAACCCAUUGUCAAUGGAGUCUCUUGGCCAGAUGUUCGGGUUUUUGUUAUAUAUGUCGGAAUACACUGCUAAAGGAGGCAGAAGCAAUUUAUUCAUACCUAAGCUUAUUAGGAAUGUACAGGUGCAUGACAGAGCUCAAGUAUUUAUCUCAUGUCCUUCCAAAGAAAGUGGUCCAUGGCCAACUUAUGUCGGUGCCUUGGAGAGACAGAUGAAUAACAAUCUCAGCCUUCCUGAAACUAAAUGUCUUUCUAACAUCAACUUAUAUAUAUUGGUUGAAAACAUGGGUCAUGUAAAUUAUGGUCCUUUCAUCUUUGACAGAAAGGGCAUUCUGUCUUCUGUUUAUCUUGAUGGGGAAAUUUUACAUGGUUGGAGAAUGCUCCCGAUUCCUCUUCACAACCUGAAUGAAGUUCCAACUUUCAAUCCAAUAAUGCAGGCUGCUUUUUCAACAUUCAAUAGAAUGUUGAUGCAUCGCAAAGAGUUAAUAUACAAGUCUGAGAAUACUUCGCAUGCACCUGCUAUCUAUUCUGGUCAUUUCUCAAUUGAUAAAUCGAAACUCAUCAAGGAUACAUUCAUAUCAUUUAACAACUGGGGCAAAGGCAUUGCAUUUGUCAAUGAAUUUAAUUUAGGGAGAUAUUGGCCGUUGAGAGGACCUCAGUGCAACCUCUAUGUUCCAGCACCGCUCCUCAAGCAAGGGGAUAAUAUCCUGGUUAUACUUGAGUUGGAAUCUCCAAACCCUGAACUUGUGGUACACUCGGUCAAUGAGCCAGACUUCACUUGUGCCUCGACCCUCAAGUGAGAGGAAAGUACCAAUAUGGGUCCAAAGUUAAUGUGAGGGAGCUAUUUAGUUCAGAUAAACAAAUAUCACAUUGGAUAAGUUGAAAUUAUGUGUGUAAUAAAUGGAGGGUAAUAUCUUUGAAAAGGAUCUCAAUUCUUCCAUUGUUAUAUUGUUGCACAAAACAGCAUUUAUGAACUCCUGAAACAAUAGUGUGGUACAAUCUUUGUAUAAUAACGACACAUUCCUGAUUGUUCUGAUCUACGGACAUCACUUUGGAAAA